AUGUAUAAUGAAUAAUGAAUAGAAUAAUAAUUAAAAAAAAAAAAAACUUAGUUGGGAGGAUACAAAGUUUAGAGAUUUUCAGGGAAGGACUCCAAACGUCCGAAAUCGCAGCGAAGGACUUUCCGGCUGCUAUAAAUACUCUCUUUUCUUUUAACCUAAAACACGCAACCUACGCAUACUUUUCUAACAUAUCCUCCCUAUUUGAUCUUUUUUAUUAGUAAAGUUUAGAUUUAGGUCCUUGUAUUUUCGUUAUUUUUUUUUUUUCCAUUCACUAUGACUAUCCUCAUUGAGCAGCUUCCCUUUGAUAUCCAGGCUGACGAAACGACUGUCCACGGUGUGAAUGAAACGGAAUUGGUAGUGGAUGGUGUAUUUGCGGCGCCUGAAACAAAUGCGUUUGGGCAUAAUUUUAGGGACUACACUGCUGAAAGUGCUAGGCAAGAAGGGGUAGAAAACUUUUACAAGAUCAAUCACCUAAAUCAGACUUUUGACUUCGUUAAAAAGAUGAGGGCUAAAUAUGCAAAAUUGGACAAGGCUGAAAUGAGCAUCUGGCAAUGCUGUGAACUACUGAAUGAUGUAGUUGAUGACAGUGACCCUGACUUGGAUGAACCCCAAAUUCAGCAUUUGUUGCAAAGUGCUGAAGCCAUUAGGAAAGAUUAUCCUGAUGAAGACUGGCUUCAUUUGACUGCCCUUAUUCAUGAUUUGGGGAAAGUGCUUCUUCUUCCUAGCUUUGGAGAGCUGCCUCAAUGGGCUGUUGUUGGUGACACAUUCCCUGUUGGCUGUGCUUUCCAUGACUCUAUUGUUCACUCCAAGUACUUCAAGGAAAACCCUGACUACAAUAAUCCAACUUACAACAGCAAAUUUGGAAUCUAUUCUAAGGGUUGUGGACUACACAACGUCAUGAUGUCAUGGGGUCACGAUGACUAUAUGUACAUGGUUGCAAAGGAAAAUGGGACAACGUUGCCAUCAGCUGGUCUUUUCAUCAUUAGAUAUCAUUCAUUUUAUGUCCUGCAUAAAUCUGGAGCUUAUAUGGAACUAAUGAAUAAGGAAGAUAAAGAAAAUCUCAAAUGGCUUCAUAUUUUUAACAAAUAUGACUUGUACAGCAAAAGCAAGGUUCAGGUUAACGUGGAAGAAGUUAAACCUUACUAUAUGUCUCUCGUUGAAAAGUAUUUCCCAGCGAAGCUGAAAUGGUGAAGAGUUGCGUUUAGAAGAAUUAACAUAUGGAAGAGCUGACAAUUUAGAAAAUUAAAACUAAAUAAAGACCAUAGCUUGUAGGGCCCGAUAGUUGGAUAGUUUUUCUUGUUUUUAUCUAAUCUUUAUUUUCUGUCUUUUGUUUUAGUGUUUUGCAAUGUAAAAAUAUGGUCUGGCUUAGCAAUAAAGUGGCUGUUUAAGUUGAUGGUCCACUUUCCAGUUCAUUACUUUCUUGUAAAUCUUUGUGUAAACAACAUAAAUUCCUUAUCCAGUGAAACUAAUUAUAUAAAAAUUCCUUCAA